AUUUAGCGGGACUUUUCGGACCGGGGUCUCAAUUGACACUUUUCUAGCCGGUGUGCAACUUUUUCAGCAUUAAGCAGACAAAGUACCGGGCACCGUUUUGUCCGUCUGUCCAGCACUAUGAAGCCUGUUCCCUUGAUCCUGCUCCUUGCCAYUGUUCUCCUCAGCUCUCACAUCCCCCCCAGUGUCUGUCGACCACGGGACCUGGCAAUGUUCGACGGCCACGGCUACAAGAGUCAGCUGGAGGAGGUGUUGCUGAAGGCUGGUGAUAACGCAGUUUCCUACCUUAUAGGAGAAAAGAUACUGAGGUAUUUGCAAAGAAAUCCCCGGUUGCAGGCAGGUCUCCCGCCACAAUUUCCCUUUGAGGUGACGCCCCUGGGCACGAGGGGUCUUGGUCACCUGGCGCGCAGUUUGCCGCCCUUGGAGGAGCAGCGCGCGCUUGAGGAGGGCAACAGCCUGGAAGACUUCGUGGAGCUGACCAAGAGAAACGAUGACCCCCCAAUUUCAAUCGACCUCACUUUCCACCUUCUGAGAAAUAUGAUCGAAAUGGCGAGGAUCGAGAGCCAGAAGGAGCAAGCGGAGUUAAACCGCAAGUAUCUGGAUGAAGUUGGAAAGUGAUACAGCAAGUGUCGUCAACAAGGGAGAAAACAUCAAGAUAAAACAUCUCACAGAAAACAACAAAGCCCCUGGCACUCUCAGACCCACGAAAUAGUUUAGAUUUUAUUUAACCGUUGGUUUCUCUGUCAUUCUUCAUCAUAAGAUGCAUAAAAAUGACUUCCCCAUCUGUCCAAAAAGCCUUUCAAAAUCAACGGGCAAUAAAUUAUUGACUGCCAAGACCCCAUCUACAAUGGAAUCAUAGUGAGGCGCAUUGACAACUAUUCCCUAACAUAUGGCAUAGUGUGAAUACUCCGGAUCUCACACCUCUAUAGUGUAUUCUCACCUUUGGAUGUCCGGAGCAUUGUAGUUGGCCUACAACAAUAAUAUUGCCAGACACAAAUUGAGUUACAAGUUGCCCUCAUGUGGAAUAAGUGCAACAUGUUUUGUUAGUCGUAGUCUAAAUGGUUGGUACUAGGUAAAUAACAAAGGCAGGUAGGCUAGUCAUUUUUUCCAGCAUUACAUGCUAUAGGCCUUUUAUAACACAUUGGAGGAAAAUAAUGCUGUGCAAAUUGAUAUUGGCUACCCAUAUGUGAUCUUUCAAUGGUUAGUUGUGUGACUCAUAUUGUUGCUUACUUUAAGGGACAAGGCUCAGUCAAUAUAGAUACAUACAUUGUGUCCUUUUCCUGAGAUGUAUUUUUGUUCAACAACUGAAAAAGAUUGAACUAGGGCCUUAUCACCGGCAUAGAUUAAAACAAAUCAGGUAAAGCACUCAUGUAAUAUUGUCAUUUCAUUACUGUAUUUGCUGUAUGCCAAUUGUUUAAUUUAUAGUGAUUAUCCAUUUGCCCUUGGUUUGUUAGCUCACUUGGCAGGCAGCCAUCUAGCCAGCAGAAGAAGCCUUUUCACAUUGUUUCAGGUAUGGGGUCUGGCAUUGCCUGUAGGUUUCUGUGAUACAACUAAUCUCCAAUCUAAUCUGAGACAAAGUGAACAUAUCCUACACUUAACGCCACUCCCACUUUCCUUAUUAUCUUUCCAUCCAAGCAAGUACACUAUCCUCUGUACUGUACCUAGCAUGCUUACCUUAAACUAAGAAAAACAUUUAAUGGUUCAUUUUAUGUUGACUGUUUUGUCAAAGCCCCAAUCAUGGACAUAUCAUAUGAUCACAUGGUUUAGCAGUAAAGAAAAGCUUUUUUGCCAUUUAUAUUUUUUAAUUAAAAAAAGUUCUGAAAAAAUGUCCAUURAGUUUGUCAUAGUCUCGUACAGUAGUGAAUGUAAUAAAGGAAACUAUUCUGCUGACUUGUCUACCAAAAUAGUUUAUUCCUACAUCUGUAAACAGAUGCUGCUGAAUAUCCUAUUGCCUAUUGAAAUAUAAAUAAACUCCUUGCAUAUUUACUUAAACUCUGGCUAUACACUCAUUGCAAAACCCCUAUGGCCAAAUAUCUAACCUCCAUGGCCAAACAUUCAUUGCAGUUAUCGCCUUUAACUCUCAUUAAAUGUAACUUUACAGCAGUUGCACGUCUUCUUUUUAAAAGCAUAACAUGUGGAAGCCUAGAUAAUGGUGUAAUGGUUGGUGAGAGUCUCUGCGAAUUUGUGAGAACUCAUCAAAAUGCCCCCCAGCCUGGUGUUUCUGACUCAGACUGUCAGUAUGGUGGUGGAUCUGCUGCCUUGUUCCUCACUGUGUUAACACCAUAGAGAUGUAUUCAAUGAUUCAUUCUGUGGUUAACACCAUCUCAAAUCCCACUGGAGAUCAAAGCAGCAGCUGUAGCUCAAGGUCAGGGUUGGUAACACAAACAUUUGCUUAAAAAGAGAGAGGGGAUAUCAUAAUGAGAUUUUCUUUGUAUACAAUUUUGUAAGCUGAAGCUAAAAUGUGCAUAUGCUAUACAGUCAGAUCCUUUAGUUUUGUCUUACACUUUCAUGAGUGGUCUUUCAGCUGCUUCGGGUCUCUACAAUAUUAGUCAUACUUGUGGAACUCGUCAAAGUUAAGGUUGUUGUAAGAUGAAGAGGAAGUCAAAAUGUCCUGUUUCACACAUGUACAAGUGUGUAACCUGUACAAGUGUGUGGUGUGUGAAUUAGAUCUUUUUGUUGUUGCAUAUCCCACUCUCCCUGAGAACCUGAGAGAAUGGGGUCACGGCCAGAGAUCAGCCAUUAUUGAUGGCGACCCUGGAGCAAUUAGGGUUGUGUCUUGCUCAAUGGCAGAUAGACAGAUUUCACCUAGUCGGCUCGAGCAUUCGAACAUGCGACCUUUCGGUUAAAGCACUAGUAGGAGUGUGAGGUGAGAUAAAAACAUGACACAACAAUGUAUUCUUCCUACUUUACAACAUGCUCAAUUCAAACCAACAGUGGUAUACAUUUAAUUUGAUUAUUCUUAGUUUAUCAUAUUUACACACAAUACACAGGUUUUUGUAUAUACAGUAUAUCUGGUGGGUGGCAAGGGAGGCCUUCAACUGUGUGAUGUUUGAGCUUUAUGCUCUGUUCCGAAAUGUUACAUUUGCCUGUGUAGUCUUCAGCUAUGUCUGUUACAGAUCUCGGAGGCCAAAAAUCAUAAUAUAAGCAAGACAAUGGUUUCCCCUUAGAUUCCAUGAGAAACCCCACUUGACACCCGCUAUUGGUUUUUAAAUCUAUCCACGAUUGUGCACCCCAACACGUCAAACAUGCUUUUAAAUUAUGUACCCRGUAGGUCCCUCAGGUCCUCUGGCACUGGCCUUUCAACUAUACCAAAGUCUAGGACCAAUAGGCAUGGAGAGACAGCCUUUAGUUAUUAUGCCCCCAGCCUCUGGAAUAGCCCGUCAGAAAACCUGAGGGG